CAGGAACACCACGUUCAAAGGAAUUGGCAAAUGAGAUCGAAAAAAGAUGGAAGGAAUACAAAUUUGACAAAGUGGAACAAACGGAAUAUGACAUUCUCCUACCUUACGUUCAACCAAACGUCUCGAAUUCUGUACAGAUUUUGAAUUCCACUCGUGAUGUGACUUUCGAGUUCUCUGGAAGAGAAAAGUUGGCAGACCCCAGCGAAAACGACACUACGAUGAUCCCGCCUUUACUGGGUUUCUCUAAGCAAGGAUCGGCUGAAGGGAAACUCUUGUAUGUGAAUUAUGGAAGAACUGAAGAUUUUCAAGCAUUGAAGAUUAACUUCAGCAUCACAAACUGCAGCGGCUACAUUGUCAUCAUGCGAUAUGGAAAGAUAUAUCGCGGUGAUAAGGUCAAAAAUGCCGAAGACUGUGGGGCAGUUGGCGUCAUUUUGUACAACGACCCGGCAGAUUUUGCACCCGAGGGCCAGGAUAAAGUCUACCCAAACUACAUUUGGCUCCCAAAGACAGGAGUCCAGCGCGGUGGCAUAGGCACAAUCCGCGGGGAUCCGCUGACUCCUGGAUUGCCGUCUGUCGAAGGAGUGUUCAGAAUACCGGUAGAGAGGGCUAACCUUCCUAAGAUCCCAGCUACACCAAUGCCUUACGGCGACGCUGUUAGACUGUUGGAGAUCAUGGAAGGUGACCACGAUCUGUUCAACUGGCAAGGUGGAUUGAACAUUUCUUACAAACUCGGAAACGGCGGUUUACAGAACGACAGCACUGUCAAAAUACAAGUAAAUGUUCCAAACAAGCGGCAAAAUGUGUACAAUGUCAUAGGCACCAUAUAUGGCAAAGAGGAGCCAGAUCGUUGGGUAUUGAUAGGGAAUCAUAGGGACGCAUGGGGAUUUGGCGCAGUGGAUGCGUCCAGUGGCACGUCAGUCAUGAUGGAGAUAUCACGUGGUGUAAGUGAGCUUCUGAAAAAAGGUUGGCGUCCAAGACGCACCAUCAAAUUCUGCAGCUGGGGAGCAGAGGAAUCAGGUUUGAUAGGAUCAACCGAAUGGGUGGAAGAAAAUGAACGAGCCUUGUCAACCAAAGGAAUAACUUACAUAAAUAUUGAUAUCGCAGUCGGUGGUAACUUGACCUUCAGCGUCGCCGGCUCACCUCUACUCAAGACUGCAACUAUCAGGAAUGUUAAGGAAGUUCAUGAUCCCCACGGGCAAAAGGUGUACGAUCAAAUGAGGAAAGCAAAAAAGAAAUUCAAAUAUGAAAAUUUGGGUGCCGGUUCAGAUUACGCCAGUUUUUAUCAAUUUUGCGGAGUACCGUCCAUAGACAUGACCUAUGCUGGUGAAGUUCUCUACCCUGUAUACCAUUCAGUCCACGACACGUACAAAUGGCUUCAAGGCUUGGUCGAUCCCUACUUCAAAUUCCAACUAACCACGGCAAGAGUUGCCUCGAGACUUCUCAUGUACAUCGCCGACAGUUUUGUGUUACCGCUCGAUGUCAUAGAGUAUGGCAAAUCUCUGGACAACUCUUUGAAAACGCUCAGGAACGAUCAUGGGGAAGAGCUUGAAAACAAUAACGUCACCUUGCGUCAUAUUAAGAAGGCAAUUAGAAAAUUCAUAGAAGAGGCAAAAAAAUUCCAAGCGGAAAAAGAGAAAGCUCUUGAUUUAAAGGAUGACAUUAAACUGCGAGACCUCAAUAACCGUAUGGUCAACGUUGAGAAAUCUUUCAUCUCGACCCCAGGCUUGCCUAAUCGACCAAACACAAGACACGUCGUAUUCGCGCCUUCCGUGAACAAUGUUUACGGUAGCACCAGCUUUCCGGGAAUCUCUGAUCUGAUGUUUAAGCAGCAUAAAACAGAGAAGGAUUGGUUGGAUAUCAAGAGACAGGCGUCUGUUGUGUUUAAAGCAAUUUCUGGCGCAACUGAAACGUUAAAAGCUGAUGGGAACUGAAAACCAGGAAACUCUUAGUAGAAAUACAUCUUCGUUUUUCGUAGUAUGAGACAAACAGAUUAACAAAGGGGAAUUUCGUUCUAAACUAAUCGGCAUAUUUGUUUACA